GUUCCCCCGGGGCUUUCCAUGGACGACGUGCGAGCGCUACAGACCAUGCUGGUGUCGGGGUUCCAUUUCUGCACAACGUUCGGCGACCCUAUCUUCAUCAUACGGUCUGGUCAAUCGAACCAAAGUCCUUUGCUAGACAUGCUGGGUGAAGAGAAGGUGGAGCUGUGGUUGACCUAUUUGAGUGAAUGUGCCUGGCAGUUUUGUGAGGCUGCAACACGAAGACGGGGCUACUUUGUCAAGCAAAUCACCUUGCAAGACUUUGCUUCAGCCUCUCUGUCACAAGAUCGUAGAUUCUUCAGAGUUCUGGGGAGAAGCUCGAAGAUGAACGAGUGGUUGAGGCCACAAUUUCUUGGUAGAGCCAUCUUCUUCAACACGCCUUCCUGGAUGAGCCUUGCCUUUGCCAUUGCAUCAAAGCUGAUGAGCCAAAAGACGCUCUCAAAGAUCUGGGUACAUCGCCAAGCAGUCGGCCAGCCCGGCGCCAACAUGUGCCCAUAUGCGCAGCAACUUCUCAACCCUGAUCGCCUACCCACCUUUUUAGGAG